CAUAAUUUUUUUCUGGACGUUUGGUGGAUUUUCCAGUAGGAUUCAGCAUGAUAACUCCAGCGUUUGAACUGAGUCAAGAUCCAGAUUUUCUUACAAUAAUAAUCAAAGUACCGUAUGCACGAGUUUCGGAGUUUGAUGUCUCCUUUGAAGGGAAGGAGUUCAGGUUUUAUGCCAAACCUUACUUUCUCCGAUUGAUUCUUCCUGGAAGAAUUGUGGAAGAUGGAAGAGAGAAAGCAACAUAUGACGACACAGGCAUUUUUACAAUCCGGCUUCCCAAAGAAGUUCCUGGAGAGAAGUUUGAAGGAUUAGACCUGUUGACAGCUCUGUUAGCACCAAAGAAAUCUAGAUCAGCAAAACCUUUAAUAGAAGAGAUGGCUUCAGAUGCUGGAAAUGAUGAGGAUGUGGAAGAGGAAGAAGAUUUUGAUUGGGAAAUAGAGCAGACUCCUUAUGAGGAAAUCAAAGAGAGUCCCUUAUGUUCUCCUUGUACCUAUGGAUUUGGAAACCAGAAAUCGGGAGUGUUUGCACGUCUUCAGGAUGAGCUUAACGAUGUUAUUGACGUUAAAGAUCCAGACACAUCUCCUGCUGCUGAACGCAGAGAGAGACGGUUAGCGGCAGAAGCUGCCAAAUUCGAUCCUGAUCAUUACCUUGCUGACUUUUUUGAAGAUGAAGCUGUUCGUCAUAUUUUGAAAUACAAGCCAUGGUGGGUUAAAGCUUAUACAGCCAAGAUGGCCUCUCAAGAAUGUGAUGACAGCAAUCAAACUGCACUUGUUUCUUUUACAGAAGACGAGAAAGAACAGCUGAGAAAAUUCACUAACAGAACGUUUCUGCUUGACAAAAGAACCUGUCAACAAGUAUGUUUGAGCCUUGCUGAUAUACUUCUGGCAUAUUGCUAUGAAGUCUAUGUCACUGAAGGAGAAAAGAAUGUUGAAUCACCAUGGAAUAUACGAAAACUGAGUUCAACUUUGUGCUGGCUGGAGACUUUUACUGCCAUCUCUGAAGUCCUGAUAUCCUUUGGAAGAAGAGUGCUGUGUUACCCUCUCUACAGACACUUCAGUCUAGUGACUCGGGCCUUAAAUGACACCAUCAUGAUAUUACAGUUAGGGAAAAGUGCAGUUUUGAAGUGUUUGCUAGAUAUUCACAAAAUUUUUCGGGAAAAUGAUCCUGCAUAUAUUCUUAAUGACCUUUACAUUACGGAUUACUGCGUUUGGAUUCAAAAAGUCAAGUCAAAGAAAUUGGCUGCUCUUGCUGAAUGGAUGCAGAAGGCAGAGCUGACAAAAGCUAAAUUAGGUUUUGAACUGGAUGAGCUCGAAGCGGCAGCGUUUCUUGUACAAGAGGAAGAAAAGGAGUUAAAAGCCAGCGACACAGACAUUUCUAAGCAGCAGCUGCCUCCCUCCAAAGGAGAGCCGAGUGGCUCUGACGACUCAAGCAGCACUUCAUCAUAUGAGACAGAAGACUCCGAUUCAGAUGCACAAGAGUCCUCAGCCAGCAAAGAUGGGAAAAUAAAUCCUUUACAAAGCGCACUCCAAGACGAGAGGACAGCCCUGCUUAUUGACUGUAAUGGAUUAAGGCGAGACACAGGCACUUUAACGUUAGAUGUUAGAAAUGACAAAUCAAAGGCUUCUUUACAGUCUACAUCUGUCCCUGGGAAACUGAUAGAGGAAUUAGGAGAGCAAAUGCAGACGGCAAUUAGGUUUACGGAGCAGGCUGAAGGUUCGCCUCCUGGAAAUGGUAGCAGCGGCAGCGACAGCAGCAGCGCUUCACAAGAGAUGGGAACAAGCUCGCUGGCUCAGCCUCAAGGACUUUCUCCGGAUCAUAAUGAAAUGAGACAAUUCUUGGAGGUGACACCAGAGUCCCACACUCUUCAGCUUCUUGGCACAACGAAGGAAGCUUCUGGAGCAAAUGUGGACGGGGUGGGCUGGAGGGAGUAGAAUUUUAAGCUGCCGGGUAUUAAGUUUUAUUUUUAACGGUCAGGUAUCAUUUCGGGAGAUAAUAUACAAAAGCAGAAAAGGAUUAUCUUUUCUUCUUAAUGUUACUUUCCAUUUUUGGUCCAUUAUAAAUAACAUUUGUUUUGGCCCAAAUCAAAAGUCUUAAUGAGACGUGGUGCCAAAAAUUGUACUCAUUUUUGCCUGACAUUACCCUGACCCACCCAGAUAAAGGACUGAUGCCUCAACCUGGGAGACGUCUGUAGUCUUAAAUUGGGAUUGAAGUGGUUUUAUUUUAAUGAGCCUGGUUUUAUUAGAAGAGUAUAAUCAAACACUGUUGGAAGUUGCUGAGUUCUGUUCUAUAAAUUGUUUAUAGAAAAAGGUUAUUAUUAAAAUGUCUGUUUGUAGUUCAAAACCUAAAUCUCUAAAUUAUCACCAAGUAUUACAGUUCUGUUUACUUAUUUCUAUUCUUAUUGCUGGAGCAGAUGCAGCUAGGGAGAAGAGCAAACAGCAGUCUUACAGAUUACAGGCAUUUGUAUCCAAUUAGCUCAUCUUUUGAUGGCUGUUGCUUCGAGAACAUAUUCUUUGCCAGUGCAUCUAGGUACUCUGUGUGGAAGCUGUUAUGUGUAGUGAGACAUUCUGCCAGACAGGAAUGGGGAAGGAAUCAUUCAGUUGGACUUCAAAUGCAGACCUAUCUUAAUUCACACUUCUCAAAGCACUACAAUAAUUUUAAAAGCUGAUCUUCACCCAUGCUUGCCCUUCUCUGAAUUUAGCUAUGCAGUAAUAAAAAAAAUCAUAAAUUAUGUAUACAGUAUUAGGGAAUGCAUGUAUAGUUUAUAUGCAUAAUAUUUUAUAUGUAUACUAUAAAAUGCAUUAUGAGGAGAGAUUGCUUGGGAAAAUACAUACAGCUCUAAGUCUCUUUGCUAGUCCCAAAACGAGUCACUUGUUGGAUUGUGCGUCUACCCAUAUAUAGAUCGCCUUCAUUCAGUAGGUUUUUCUAUCUGGGAUUUGAAGUGGGGUUCUGGCCAAUGCAGGCAACAUAGCACAGACAUUUUCAUCCGGGCUCAAGAAUUAUGCCAAAAUGGAAUCAAAUGAAUUUGAAACUGGGAAAAACUGAAGCUGAGAGGAACAAAAAUUGACUGACACUUAUUUUCCUGUCAGAAGCAGCUGAUUACACUGCAAGCAGGUGAGGACCUUGAACACGCUGCAAGACAAUAAGUGUUCCUAAGCAAGACAAGAAGAAGGGAGAGCACGCUACAUGGGGAUACAGUUUCUGAUGGCGUACACAUAAUCACCAGUUCUAACAGCCAAGCCAAGUUGGUGCUCUAGCACAGUCAUUCGCAGCCUUUUUCUGGCUGUGGUUAUAAGGUGGUGUGUGAACAAUUAUGCGUCUGUGGCCCUCUUCAAAUGUGCCAGCCGCCCAGCCCCACCUUUUGAGAAUCGCUGCUCUAGUAUUGCCUAGUCUUUUUUUAGCUAUUUUGUCCUGCCUUUUCUGUGCCAACAUCCUAAUCUUACAGCUUGUUUCUGACCUUUGAUCUCUUCUGUUCUGUUGUACCAUGUUUAUCUCUACCAAGUUAACAAACAACCUCCACUCUGUGCUUUUUCCCUCAAUCAAAGCCGAAAGAGAGAGUAGAGUGGAUAUGAUGGCUGCCACAAUCUGAUUCAGAUGUUAGGGGGGUGGUCGCUCUACUUCCUAAAUUUGGGCAUAGGUAGUUUGGGUUAUAAAAAUGCUUUUCAGCUAGCCACAAUCUCUUGCACUAUUUUAAGUUACUAACACAUUGAAAGGGAUUUCCUUCUUUCCUGUUUCUCAUGCCUUCAAGCAGUAAAUUAUGCUUUGCUUUGUAAAGGAAGGACAUUUUAUUUUACAAUAGUCCUCUUAUAUAUGGCACAUGUCUUCAGUAGCAGUGCAAGCAGGACUGCUUCAUGCUUUGCAUAGCGAGCACAUUCUGAUAAAAUUCCACUAGCUUUUGUUAUUCUGAAAAAUGUAACAUUGUGCAGGGGAGACACAGCCUUAAAUCUGAAAACUUCAUGGGACAUAAUAGUUCAUUGUAUUAAAAAAUUACAAUUAUAUGUCACCUGUCUUUCAAGCAGCUCAAAGUGGCAUAUAUGUUCUUCCCUGUCUUGCCAUUUUACCUUCUCAGAACCCUGUGAGGUAAAUCAGAGUGACUGACCUAAAGAUACCAUGAGACCCAUGACUGAUAGGAGAUUUAAACCCAGAUCUCGUGAAUCCUGAUUCAACAUUUGUUGUAUAGAAGCAUCACCACUGCUGUAACUUAUAUAUGAUGCAUGAAGCAAUUUUAUGCACAUUGACUGCCUUCUCUGUGGCCCAUUAUAAUAUCUGAGCAUGUCCUUUUAAUAAUUUUAUCUAUUCAUUGAGAGCAAAAGUAUAUGAAAUGGAUCUUUUAUAUCUUCUGCCGUGCUGAAGAUCUGUCAGAAACGUACUGUUCUCAGAAAUCAUUUUAAGGUGUUUUCUGCUUUUGCUGGCAUUUGGAAACCGGGUUUAAAUUAGUUGUUGGUUUAGAUUGCUGAGGUCCUUCUUUGCUUCAUAGUUACAAGUAAUAAAUUGGCAUGAGA